AUAUGUGUUCCAUUGUACAUAACAUUCCGUCGGAGUAGACGUCGCGAACAGCCCGCGUCGUUGUUGCUUUUGUAUCACGUGCCGCGCUCCACUGUACUUGGAACUUUUACUGCGACCUAAUUAUACUUCAUACUUUUGUACGUGAUUACUGGUUACCUACGCACGUAAUCCGCAAAACUAGUGCCUGUUGUAGUGUUAACAAAAUGUGAAAAAUGAAAUAAAAAUCUCAAAUUACUAUUUACGAGUACAACGCAUAUGAUUUUACUAAAAGUGACUCAGUGUUUUCAAGUUUUUAAGUGUUUACAUCGACUGUGAUUGAUACUGGGAUGUCACAUUUUAAGCUUCUACGCUUUGGAUUUAAAGCAUUUAAAGCUUGAAAUAGCUCCUAUCAACCGUAAUGGAAUAAGGAGUUUAUGUUAAGGAAUGCAUGGACGCUACUACUUUUAAUUAAAUAUUUAUAAGUAUUUUUGUUUUUUAACAAACCAGUCAUAAUGAGUAGCAGCUCAAUUCGGCCACUUUUAACGGUUGCCGUUGGAUAUAUAAUAAUAUGUUCUCAUAUAUUAGCAGAUAAAGAAAUAAAAGGCCCAGUUAUUAUACCAAGUAAAAGUGACGUUAUUCUAAGGAGUGGGCAAAACUUUACAAUAUUUUGUAAAUCGAGAAUGCCGGUACAAAUAAAACAACAACACAUUCCAGAAAAUGAUGUAGGACCUUUCUAUAAGAAACAUAGAAACAUAACGAGUUCAGAUGAUAGCAUAUUGAAUGAAUUUGAAACAGCGCUAGAUUUAUACAAUGUGGAUAGGUAUGCAAUCGGAUACUACGCUUGUUUCGAUAGUAGUGUCAAUGAGAGUAGCGUUCUCAAUAACCUACAGAAAGAACCUAACAACACUGAACAUAUUUCCUAUAUUUACAUCUACGUUGAUGAUACGGGUAAAUUAUUUGCACCUAUGAGAGAAAUGGUCAUAUCCACACCUGGGGCGACGGUCGUAAUUGAAUGUAGACCUACGACGCCAGAUGUGAACGUUACUCUGUUAGGGGACUUUCCAGACAGUGAUUACAAACACUAUUUUAGUCCUAAAAUUGGGUUCACCUUCAGUAGCGAUGCUCUCUUGGAUAUACCAAUGACAGGUUUCUUCUGUAACUUUGUGAGAGAAAACCAAAAUGAUACGAUCGAAGUUUAUGUACAAAAAUUGACACUGCGUAAACUACGCUCAUAUAUUUGCCAUGGACAUCGAGGACAUAUACAUAAUAAUAGUACGAAGGAAAUAAGUAUAUUACUGGCCGAAACUCCGAGACCAAACAUUGUAAGCCAAUCGAAGUAUUUUCUGGAAGGUGAAUCAUUUUGGCUUAACUGCACUGUUGACUAUGAACUGAACAAUCCGGUUCUACUAGAUUGGAUUAAGCCUCGGGAGUUCACAAAGAGUAAAGUUGUUAUUGAAACAAAUGAAGAGACGUUGAAAACUGCAGGAACUUUAUACAAAACCUUAACUAUAAUUGAUGCCAAUGCUGAAAAUGAUGGGGAUUAUACAUGCACAUCUAGUGGUGCAGGUCCUGAACAGUCUACGAUUACAAAGGUAUACAAAGGCAAAACAGGAUUUAUAAACAUAACAAUGGGUAAUCUUAAAAAUCCAAUAGAAACCAAGCAAUCAAAAGCAACAUUAGUUACAAUUGUGAAUGACGCCUAUCCCCCAGCGAAUUAUACCUUUUAUAAAAAUGACAAGGAGAUAUUAGUAAAACUACCAAAAUAUGAAAUUAAAGAAGGAGGUGGAAAAGUGAAUCUGGUUAUUUAUAAAUUAAACAUUAACGACACAGCGAACUAUACAGUUGUAGCAGCCAAUAAGGACGUCUCAAAAAAAUUAACAUUUGAUGUCAGAAAAAUAGCUUAUCCAGUCAUCAACUUUGGGUCAGGUGACAAAAGAUUUUUACUGAACACAGUUGCAACUUUACAAUGCGAAGCUGUAGGAUAUCCUCUUCCAAACAUUCGAUGGUACUUUACGACAGAAACGGGAGAGCAACAAGAAAUUAGUAGCAUGGCUGAAAAUAAGGUCGAAUCUUUAACUAAAGUGACAUCAUACCUCACAAUACCAGUUCACGCUUCAGGGAACAUAACAUGCAGUCCAGGAAAACAAUCAGAUGUAGCAUCUGUUACGAGAAGAUUUCUCGUAUAUGAAGUACCCAAUGGUUUUGGCGUGGUAAAUAGUCACAAAACGUGGUAUUCUGAGGGCCAAGAAGCAAUAAUCGAAUGUUAUGCUUCCAGAUACGACUUUCAUAAUGUGACAUGGAUCAGAAACAAUAAAACAUUGUCAGACUUUGUCACAAUAUUAGACACUGCACUGUCGUUUAUAGCACGACUAAAGAUAAGUAGUGUAUCCAUCAAUGACGCUGGAGCUUACACAUGCCACGGACAUAGGAAGGAUGAUUCAGAAGAAAGUCAAACUGUUUCAGUCACAGUUGCAGAGAGACGACCUCCAAACAUUACGAUUCCGGCAAGUGAAUCGAAUGAGGAAGUAAACCCAUAUCAACCAGUACGACUUACUUGUCAAGCUAAUGCUGUUCCUCCUCCUGUUAUAAACUGGUACAAGGAUGGUGAAAGAUUAGAAAACAAUACAUUUGUGGACAUAUUCACAGAUUAUUUAGAUCACAUGACGGUAAACUCUACAAUUGAUAUAAAACAGAUGCUUGAAGAGCAUAAAGGGAAAUACGAAUGUAUCGCUGAAAGUGGUGAUACCUCCGUUAGCGAGUCUUACAAUCUCAUAAUCAAAGAAAAAUCUCCCUACAAGUCGGCAAUAUACCUAAGUAUUAUAGGUAUUGUUGUAUUUAUCCUUGUUUUAUUGAUUGUAUAUUUAAUAUGGAAGAUUCGAAAAGAAAAACAGUUCAGGAAAGAAUUGGCAGCGGCCGGACUUCUGUAUUUUAAGGAGGGAGUUACGAGAUCUCUUAACCCGGAGUUGGGCAUUGAUGAACAAGCUGAGCUUCUGCCUUACGACGAAAGAUUUGAGUUUCCUCCAGAAAAACUUCAACUAGGUAAACAGCUCGGAGCAGGUGCGUUUGGCGUGGUGUACAAAGCAGAAGCUCGUGGCAUAAUCAAUGCUGAGGAGACCACGCCUGUGGCCGUCAAAAUGGUGAAGAAGACUGCUGAUAAUAUGUACAUAAAAGCUCUAGCAUCGGAACUCAAGAUAAUGGUGCAUCUCGGAAAACAUGUUAAUAUCGUUAACUUGCUCGGAGCAUGCACUAAAAAUGUUGGCAAGCGUGAACUGGUCGUGAUUGUAGAGUACUGCAAGUUUGGUAACAUUCACAACUACAUGCAGAGGCACCGUGAAGUCUUUAUAGACCAGCUCACUGAUGACAAGGAGAAGAAUCUCGGCAAGGUCAAUAGAGGGUUUAUUUGCAACACUGGAAGCACUGGUGUGCAGUCAGACUAUUUCGGAUCGAACCAUUCACAAGAGACAGACCACACUUUCGUCAAUACUGCGAACACGAAUAGAUCGGGAAGGAAAGAUAAUGCUAAUGAGACAGUGGAGUUUGUUCGAGUUUCGGAGACAGGCUAUGUCCAGCCCGAAUGGCGUUCAAAUUACGAAACCGACUACGUUUUUGAUGGACGCAACCCGCGGCCUUUGACUUCAAGAGACCUUUUGGCGUGGGCAUUCCAGAUUGCGAGGGGUAUGGAAUACCUUGCAAGCAGAAAGGUGCUGCAUGGUGAUCUAGCAGCCAGGAAUGUGCUGUUGGCAGAAGAUAACAUUGUCAAAAUUUGCGAUUUUGGCUUAGCACGAAGCAUUUAUAAAAAUGACGAAUAUAGGAAACAGGAAAAUAGCCCCCUUCCAGUGAAAUGGUUGGCCAUCGAGUGCAUGACCGACCGCAUAUUUUCAACGCAGUCUGAUGUGUGGUCGUUUGGCAUCGUGUUAUGGGAGUUAUUUUCUCUCGCCAAGACGCCCUAUCCGAAUGUUAGUCCUACAAGUCUUGUGCAGUGGCUUAGUGACGGCCAUCGUCUUGAGAAACCGCAGUAUGCUGACGAUCGGCUAUAUGACGUGAUGAUGCGAUGUUGGGAACAGAAACCCACGGCACGUCCGAAUUUUAGUCAGCUGCAAGAGAUCCUUGGCUCGUUCCUUGAGGAUAAUGUCCGAAACCACUACGUUGAUCUAAACUCAGUCUUUAUGGAUUCAAACGUGAAAGCCGAAGGGGAAGAGGACUAUCUAGCCAUGGUCUGCGCUCCCGACUACAACAAUAUGGUUACGCCCAGUCCACAUCAAUACGUCAACGACUCAAGAAACUUCUUCCCUGCAACACCCACGCAAUUAUUACACGAUGACGAAGGCUAUCUACAGAUGAGUCCGGCAAAUCAAAACAUAUUCAGCCCUAGAACGCUAAGUAACAAAUUCGAUUUCGAUGCACGAAAGUUAAACCCUAGGGCAUCUGAACUAGGGCACAGUCAAGGUUCAGAGCUUACACCAAUGUUAAGUUUGAAUAACUUGCCAACCAGAAGCGGUUCAGAAUCCGAUCACGAGGGGAAUGUGUCUCCAUACCUUAACAUGUGCCCAAGAAUCGACGAAGAAUCAGACGAAGUAUUUGAAACAAAACAGUACAAUUUCAGAAACGCACAUAAUAACCUGAAUAGGGCAGUAACGAACCCAACUUACAUAACAUUGGAAGUAGACUUAGAGAAGAAGCCGCAAAACAUUUCUAAUAAUUACAUGAACAUCAAUGUACCAAACGGUCUAGUCAAAUAAAUUAUGUUUUCUGCACAGUAACCUCUUGUCUUCACUACUUAUCUUAUUGCUACUUAGAAUUAUCUGAUUUUCAAUUUGCAAGACUUGAUCUCCUAUCUGAUAAUUUUGAUAAACUGUUAUCAAUUUGUUAUAAUUAUUAUGGUAAUUAUGGUAUAUUCUUAAAAAUCUCACUGAUUUUCGUAUCUAUCUAUUAACCCUUUUGUAUUGUUUCCUGUAAUAUUUUUUAUAAAAUGUUAAUUUUAUUAUUAUUAAGGAUUUUUGCGUAAAAAGGAAUGUUUACGACAAAUGUGAUAUUUUGUGGUAGAAAGAUAAAUAGGCUGGAUGUGAUUAAAUUGUGUGAAGGUACUCGUUUUUAAUAGUUUUAUAUAUAUUUACAAAGUUUGUUUAUCAAAUGCGAAGCCCCACCAUUAUAUAUAUAUUAUUAUAGUAAUUACUUUGUAAAUAUCAUGUUAUUUUAGUGCGCUUUUUACUGAUUUUGUCAAUAUAAUAUAAACUCUAAAGUUUUUUAAAGUCUAGAAUAAUUCAUAAAAUUGAUGUGGUAAUUCUUAUCCAGAUGAGCAUUUAUGAUUGUUUAAAAUACCCAGGACAGGGAAAAUAGAAAAAACCAAAAAAAAAAUAUAUAUUUUUGUACAUAAUAUUAAUAUUACGCACAUGAAAAGUAUUUGCCGUGAUGUACAAUCUGAUAAUGUAUAGGUAAACAAACACAUAUUAAGAGAUAUUUUUGCCAAACAAUCCUGUGAGAAUAAAUGCAAUUUUUGUUUUAUUUAGAAAAUCGAAUAGGUAUGCAUGGGAAUGCAGAUUACUUCGCUAUUUGUUUUUCUCCUGAUAGGAACUGAGAAAAAGUUGGGCUGCGAAUUGCGAUGAUAUAAUAUGGAAACGAACAUUAUGGCUAAUUCUCCUGUACACAAUGUCUAGGCCUAAAUCUACAUAUUUCCCCAGGGAUUAUUAUGAAGGAGAUAUCUAACAAUGUAUUUAGACCUGUCAUUUUAGUUUACAGCCCGGCUAGCAUGGGCAGUAGAUAAAAAUUAUAUCCACUGAUGUCAUAGAAAUCAGUGGAUAUAAUCGGGGAUAUAAUUUUCUACUGCCCAUGCUAGCCGGGCAGAUUGUGUACAUGAGAAUCAGCCCCAUUUAUACGUAUAUGUUAAGAACCUGUUUCACAGCCUCCAAAUAAACUUUAUCUAACGAUGUUUUUGUAUUGGGAAUCUCUCAAAAUGUCUUUAUCUGUUAGAUAAAGUUCAUGUGGCGAUUGUGAAAAAGGCCUUUAAUGUAGGAAUCGCUAAAAUUAUAUUUUUGGGACUUUGUUUUUACACAAAGUUUAAAGCUAAGUUUUUUAUUAUUUGGUAUUUGGUAUACCUAUCUGUAUACAGUUUUUCGAGUUUCUAAAAUAAUAUCCAUAAUUUCAGUUCUGUAAAAUUAAUAAUAAUUAUAAAUAUAACAAGAUAAGAAAUCUACAUAAUAUUAUUAUUAUAAAAUCAUCAUGCAAUGAUCACUACUUGACCACUACAUAAUUAAAAAUAAAUGUGAUUAAUUGUUAACAUAAUUAUUGUAGUUGUGCUAUGUGUAUUGAAAUAUUAUAGUCAUGAUAUCGGUGUUUCUGUUGCUGGAUGCAUUAAUUAGGUAAUAUAUUUGUUUUGAAAACUAGAUGCCAUAUACUCGAUAUAAAAGAAAAACAUUAAAUGUGAUAUUAUAAAAAUGAA